UUUAAUCAAGAAAGGGCACGUAAUAAGUGAUCCUGCAAGUAGGGACAGUUUCAUCAGCUACCUCAUAUAAGCACAUGAGGGGGAGGAGUUUCUGUGAUUUAGGCCGGCUUCGACUCUGCCAUUGGUUGAGGGCAGUUCUUGUUUUUACUGUCUGGAAUGUUAGACAGUAGCCCAUUUCAAAGGAGAUGGGCUUGAUAGACGUGGCUGGAUAACAGACAUAAACAGGACUUGGAUGCUAAGCAGGUAUCACCCUGUUGUAGCGGCUGAAAGUUCGGGUCAGUUAACCAUGCUGUUACAGAGGCUGUCUCUUCAUGCCGGGCUCCCCUCGAGCCCCAGGACUCAACGCACCACCAUCUUCCCUCGUCUAGCCAAAGCACUGACACAAGUGGGUCUGGCGCGUGCCAACAGUAACUCCUUCACCCACCGCGGGGAGCUCCGCAAGGCCAAGAGGAUUGUGGUCAAGCUGGGCAGCGCCGUAGUCACCCGGGGUGAUGAGUGCGGCCUGGCGCUGGGCAGGCUGGCUUCGGUAGUAGAGCAGGUGGCCAUGCUACAGAACCAGGGGAGAGAGAUGAUGAUCGUCACCAGCGGAGCGGUGGCCUUCGGCAAGCAGAGACUGAGGCAUGAGAUCCUGCUGUCCCAGAGUGUCAGACAGGCCCUGCACUCUGGACAGAACCAGAUCAAAGACAUGUCAGUACCAGUUUUGGAGGCGCGGGCCUGUGCGGCAGCCGGACAGAGUGGUCUGAUGGCCCUGUAUGAGGCCAUGUUCACCCAGUACAGCACAUGCACUGCACAGGUCCUGGUCACCAACCUGGACUUCCAUGACGACCAGAAGCGGCGGAACCUGAACAGCACGCUGCAGGAGCUGCUCCGCAUGAACAUCGUACCCAUUAUCAACACCAACGAUGCCGUGGUGCCCCCGCCCGAGCCCAACAGCGAUCUCCAGGGGGUAAACGUCAUCAGUAUAAAGGACAAUGACAGCCUGGCGGCACGCCUGGCCGUGGAGAUGAAGGCAGACCUCCUCAUUGCUCUCUCUGACGUAGAAGGACUGUACGACAGCCCUCCUGGAACGGAUGACGCCAAACUCAUUGACAUCUUCUACCCUGGUGACCAGCUGUCGAUCACCUACGGCACAAAAUCCAGGGUGGGGAUAGGAGGCAUGGAGGCCAAGGUAAAGGCGGCCCUGUGGGCCCUACAGGGGGGCACGUCGGUAGUCAUUGCCAACGGCACCCACCCCAAGGUGACGGGCCACGUCAUCACUGACAUCGUGGAGGGCAAGAAAGUGGGCACCUUCUUCUCCGAGGUCAAACCUGCCGGCCCCACCGUGGAGCAGCAGACUGAGAUGGCCCGGAACUCUGGCAGGACCCUGGCAGCCCUUCAUCCAGAACAGAGAGGUGAGAUCAUCUGUCACCUGGCAAACCUGCUGGUUGAGAAGAAGGAGGAGAUCCUUGCUGCUAACAAGAUGGACAUGGACCUAGCAGUCAAUGCAGGUCAGUUGUCGUCAGCCUUGCUGAACCGUCUGAGCCUGUCCCCGGCCAAGCUGAAUAGCCUGGCUAUAGGCCUGAGACAGAUAGCCCUGGCCUCUCAGGACAGCGUGGGCAGAGUGCUGCGUAGGACCAGAGUAGCCCACAACUUAGAGCUAGAGCAGAUCACUGUGCCCAUAGGAGUACUGCUGGUCAUCUUCGAGGCCCGCCCCGACUGCUUGCCACAGGUAUCAGCUCUAGCCAUAGCCAGCGGCAAUGCUCUGCUGGCGAAGGGGGGCAAGGAAGCAGCCAACACCAACCGCAUCUUACAUGAGCUGACCCAGGAAGCACUGGAUAUCCACUGGGUCAAAGAGGCUGUACAGCUGGUGAGUACCCGUGAGGAGGUGGAGGACCUGUGUAGACUAGAUGAGAUGAUAGACCUGAUCAUCCCGCGAGGCUCAUCCCAGCUGGUCAAGAACAUUCAGAGCGCAGCCAAGGGCAUCCCAGUUCUGGGCCACAGUGAAGGCAUCUGCCACGUCUACAUCGACUCGGAGGCCGCCAUCGACAAGGUCAUCAAGAUCGUCAGAGACUCUAAAUGUGACUAUCCUGCGGCCUGCAAUGCUAUGGAAACACUGUUGGUUCACAGGGACAUACUCAAGACUCCUCUGUUUGACCAGAUCAUAGACAUGCUCCGCACCGAACAGGUGAAGAUUCACGCUGGCCCCAGGUUUGCCUCCAACCUGACCUUCAGCCCAUCAGAGGUCAAGUCUCUGAGGACAGAGUACGGGGAUCUGGAGUGCUGCAUCGAGGUGGUGGACAGUAUGCAGGAAGCUAUAGACCAUAUCCACAGAUAUGGCAGCUCCCACACCGACGUCAUUGUGACUGAAAACGAGGACACAGCAGAGCGGUUCCUGCAGCAGCUGGACAGUGCUUGUGUGUUCUGGAACGUCAGUUCGCGAUUCGCAGACGGAUACCGCUUCGGACUGGGUGCUGAGGUGGGCAUCAGCACAGCUCGUAUCCAUGCCCGGGGCCCCGUGGGCCUGGAGGGGCUCCUCACCACUAAGUGGGUCCUGAGAGGAGACGGCCACACUGCUGCAGACUUCUCUGAACAGGGCACCAUGGAGUACCUCCACGAGAAUUUGCCAGUCACACAGCCACAGCCCAGACAGAUAGCUGCCCAGAGUGAGGAAUGACAGAGGACCUCCAACUAGAGACACACCUAAACACACUUAACCACCAUGAGAGAAAAGCUUUCCCCUGGUACCAAAGAAACAAUCCCAUUGUCAUAUUCAUUCGAUCUGGAUCAGAGUUUACAUUAAUUCUACAUCAGCUCUCAAAAGUUUUAUUGCAGUGAUUACCUCACUCAGUAUUCAGUGAAUCAACUCAUGAUUGGUUACAUUGACCCUGUUAGACUGUAGAAGGUCUCACACCAUUGACAUUGAUUGGUCUAGAUCUUAUGCACAGUAGUGGUGAGUUUGGUAAAUAUGCUCUCCAGGACCCACACUUAAAGGGAAUUUUUGCUUAAGCUAGUUUACAUCCGUGUUAUUAUCUCUAUCAAGAUGCUCCCCUCUUGGUUUUAGUUCCUAUUGAUUGGUCUGUUGUGCUGUGCUCUAUCAGAUGAGACCCUUAUCCUCAAAGUAUUGGUUCGGUGAUAUGAAUGCACAACCAAACAGUGUUGAUGCUAGGUUUAAAGCUCAACCUAAGUUAGGAAAGCUACUGGUGUGUCAUUUAAAUUGGGCUUGAAUUGUAGGUCCUCAAGGCCACAAAUUGUAUGAAUUGCUAUUAACAUUAAUACUGCAUCGUUUUGCAGUUCUACCAACACAAUCCUUAUUUAUAUGCAGUUAAAUGACCAGUGAUGAACCAUUGGGUAAACAAUAUUUAAUAACCUUAAAUGUGUUUUGACAUAGAUAUGGAUGAAUAAAACCAUUUAUUGACCCAAUCUUAUUCAUAAGCAUUCAAGUUAGAUUGAAUUCUAUAAGAAAGCAUGUCCUUUUUUUUUUAUUUCCCUCUUUUCCUCUAAACUUUUUAUGUCCUUUGGAAUGCAAAUGCUUUAUUCUCCUGCUUUUGCUUUUUUUUCACACUGUCUAUUUACGUCGACUUUACAGUGCCCAGAGCCUCUGUCAGAUACAAGAGCUGCUUUCCGUCUCCUUCAGGGGACUACUGCCUUAAGAUACAGCGCUGCUGUUACAUUCCAGCUUAUGAGCUUUAUAUCUGAUGUCAAGCGAUGCACACUACAGAUCAGUUCUGGUUUUUUUUUUUGUAAUUUGUAGACCAUAUUGUAGAAUAAAAGUUUUUGGUGAA